UCGCAUUCUGAAUCUGAAACGAAUUUUCGAAGCGUGGAUUUUUCGUAAUUAAUUAGUUAUUGUGUUAUUGUUAUUCAUAAAAAAAUUAAUUAAUCAUUUCGGAUUUGAAGUAGCGUUUCAUUCGAAACAAAACUCAUCAACCCCUUCUAUUUCAAGUAUUUUCACUUUUUCAGACCAUUUUGAGAUCUUUUCAUUCAAUUUUCACGAGCAAAAUAUAAAGUAAAGAAAACUGGCAAACUGAAAUACCUAACACUGAUGUGAAGCCUUCACUGCCUCAAUUUUCUCCACAUUAGUUGCAAAGAACGUAAAUACCGCUCCUCUCAACCGUUAGAAAUGAAAAAGUUGACUAGAGAUGAUUUUGACGCUGGCCCGUCCAGUAUGGAUUUGAUUGAAGCAGGAUUAUGGUUAGGUAAUUUAACCGCUGCUUUGAAUAUUCCAAUUUUGACAAAAUAUAAAAUCACUAGUAUUCUUACCGUGGACACUUGUCCUUUACCACGAACAAUAACAUGUUCCCCCAGUAUUGAUAUUAAAUUUGUUCAAGUAUCAGAUUUACCUUACGAAGAUCUCCUGAGUCAUUUCAGUGAAAUGUAUGAUUUCAUUUUUCAAGGGAUGGAAAAAGGAAAUGUCUUGGUUCAUUGUUAUUAUGGAGUAUCCAGAAGUGCUGCGGUCAUCUUAGCAUUUCUUAUGAAGAAACACUCUUUGAACUUUGACGAAGCUCUGCAAAAAUUGAAAGAAAAAAGAAAAAUUGUCGGCCCUAAUAUUGGCUUUGAAAACCAGCUUCGGUUAUUUUAUAAUUUGAAGUAUACGAUAGAUCAAAGUAAUUUACAGUACAAAUUAUUUCGUUUACGGGUCACUGCCAAUCAAGUUACCAAGGUAAAAAUCGUACCACAAUCGUGUUUAUACGUAAUUAAACCAGACCCAGCGAUCUCAACUGUUAGACCAAACCCAAGAGUAUAUCGAUGUAAAAAGUGUAGACGUGUUCUAGCAUCGGCUGAUAAUUUACUGCCCCAUGUGAAAAAUGAAAAACUCUCAUGGAAGGAUGAUAAAUGGUCGUCUGAUUAUUCGCAAUUGGAUUUAUGUGUUCAAACUUACUUCAUCGAACCUUUGAUAUGGAUAGACUCGAUUAAUCAUUCGGAAAGUGGGAAAAUUCUCUGCCCAAAAUGUAAAGCCAAACUUGGCUCUUAUAAUUGGGUAAUGGGGAGUCAGUGCUGUUGCGGUGCAAGAGUGUCUCCUUCAUUUUAUCUAAUUCCCUCUAAAGUAGAUUACAGUGAUAUUGUGCAGAAUGUUCAAGUAACCGUUUAGAUGAUUCCAAAAAUAUCGAUGGAAGGCGAGCAGAUGUGAUCAGGUCCACGAGACGUAGAAGGAAUCUUUUCUUCAGUUUUAACUAUAGUGUUCUUCUUUCUUGAUAUCGUAACUUAUUCAAUUCUUACGCUUAUAAUGAGUUUUUCAAAUUCCAAUGAUCUUUUUAUCGUGAUUGAAAUUUAGCUAUAGAAAAAAAACUAAAAAAGGACCCUUUGAACAUCUAUUCAAAAUAUUGAUACAGAGGAUCAAAGUAUUAGGUGUAGAUAGGUUUAGGUACCCACUACCUAGCAUUGAGUUGUUUUCUUAGGAGCGAUACAAUCAGAAAUCUAAUCGAAUCAAAUGUCGAAAAUUUUGAUAAUUUCACAAUUGCAUUUUUCUUGGCGCAUUUUUAUUUAAUCACGUACCUAUAUUUUUCAUUGUUGUAUUCGUUACUCAAAAUAUAAAAUUUUUCUCGUCUA